ACACCAAUCCAUUACAUUUCUGAGAGCAUCUUUUUGUCUUGUCAUUUACAUUUCCCUAAAAGCUCAACUUUGCUGACUUUCUGUCUUACCUAAACUUCAUCAGUUUUUUAUCUGCAUCAAACACAACGCUUAUCAUCAUUGUUGUAUCUGCAUCAAACACUAGGAGCUCUUGUUUCUGGAAAAUCAGUGAAUAUGUUCAAGAUUGCAUUAAGUAGCAACUGCAUUUCAAGAGCUUUUCUCACUAGAAGCUUCAUCAGGAAUUUUUCCGCCCAGAUAGGAAGCAAACUAGAAGGCAAGAUAGCAUUAAUCACAGGCGCAGCAAGUGGCAUUGGAAAAGAAACAGCAAAAAAAUUCAUAAACAAUGGCGCAAAAGUAGUGAUUGCUGAUAUUCAGGCACAAGCCGCACAACUGGGUCAAGAAACAGCCAAAGAACUUGGAACCCAUGCCAGCUUCAUUUCAUGUGAUGUGACAAAAGAAUUAGACAUUGCACAUGCUGUGGAUUAUGCCGUCUUGAAGCAUGGCCAACUUGAUAUCAUGUUUAAUAAUGCUGGAAUCGCAUGUCACACUCCGCCUACCAUAGUUGACCUUGAUCUUGCUGCAUUCGACCGUGUCAUGGCCAUCAACGUUCGAGGAGUGGUGGCUGGGAUCAAGCAUGCGUCCCGAGUUAUGAUUCCCCAGGGACAUGGUUCGAUUUUGUGCACAUCGAGCAUCACAGGAGUUAUGGGAGGGUUGGCACAACACACAUACUCGAUAUCCAAGUCGACAGUUAUAGGAGUAAUGAAAUCUGCAUCGGCAGAGCUGUGUAGGCAUGGUAUCAGAAUCAAUUGUAUAUCGCCAUUUGCCAUUACUACUCCGUUUGUGAUUGAUGAAAUGAGGGUAUACUUUCCUGGGGUUGAUGAUCGGGGGCUUGCGAAAAUGAUACAUGAUAAUGGUGUGUUGAAGGGAGCCAUUUGUGAGCCAGAAGACAUAGCUAAUGCUGCUCUUUAUCUAGCAUCUGAUGAUGCCAAAUAUGUUAGUGGGCAUAAUCUUGUAGUAGAUGGUGGUUUUACUUCAAUUAAGAAUUUGCAUUUUCCCAUACCAUACGAGUUUAAAAGAGAAAAACGAGGAAGAUUGUUAUAAGAUGCACAAUCAUCAACCUAUGGAUUAUAUUUGUCGCAUAUUUGAUACGUUAAACUCGACCGGA